GGUGGAGCCGGCGAGGUCUGGGCGUCCCCAGCCAGGGCGACUGGUCGUCGUGGACACAGGGGGCGGGGGGCGCUGGCGAGGUCCGGCUGGAGACAGGUGCGCAGGCCAGAGGUGCCAAGGUGAUGGGCCGUCGGUCUGGAGGGCACAGGGCGUGGCUUCAGUGUUUGAGCAGAGGGCUGGCCGGCCGGCCCGGGAGACACGCUGUUCGACUUUGUACCCGUGUUCCUCUGCUCGGCACCAUAACAGAUGACCACGGGGCCAGCGGCUCGGACAGCAGGCAGCUCCUUCUUCACGGCCGGUGGCCCGGAGUCCGAGACCUGAGAGUCAGCGGUCUGGUGUCUCCGGAGGCCUCUCUGUGGCUUGCAGGCGGCGACCUCGCUGCCCUCCCACAUCCCCAGGGUCUCUCUCCUCGCAGCGGGUCGGCCCGGGCCGGGCGGCCGGCACCGCCGGGCAGGAUGGUGGACACCGAGAGCCCGAUCUGCUCCCUCUUCCCCCUCGAGGCCGACGACCUGGAGAGCCCGCUCUCGGAAGAGUUCCUGCAGGAAAUGGGCAGCAUCCAGGACAUGUCCCAGUCCCUCGGGGAGGACAGCUCCGGAAGCUUCAGCUUCACCGACUACCAGUACUUAGGCAGCGGCCCCGGGUCCGAGGGCUCCGUCAUCACGGACACGCUUUCCCCAGCUUCGAGCCCCUCGUCGGUGUCUUACCCUGUGGUCCCCGGCAGCGCCGACGAGGCCUCCAGCACAGCACUCAACAUCGAAUGCAGAAUCUGUGGGGACAAAGCCUCGGGCUACCAUUACGGGGUUCACGCGUGUGAAGGCUGCAAGGGGUUCUUCCGGCGAACCAUCCGCCUGAAGCUGGCGUACGACAAGUGUGACCGGAGCUGCAAGAUCCAGAAGAAGAACCGGAACAAGUGCCAGUACUGCCGCUUCCACAAGUGCCUUUCGGUCGGGAUGUCCCAUAACGCAAUUCGUUUUGGACGAAUGCCAAGAUCCGAAAAAGCGAAACUGAAAGCAGAAAUCCUCACGUGUGACCACGACGUGGACGAUUCGGAAACUGCGGACCUCAGGUCCCUGGCCAGGCGCAUCUAUGAGGCCUACCUGCGGAACUUCAACAUGAACAAGGCCAAGGCCCGCGGCAUCCUGGCCGGCAAGGCCGCCAACAACCCGCCCUUCGUCAUCCACGACAUGGAGACGCUGUGCAUGGCCGAGAAGACGCUGGUGGCCAAGCUGGUGGCCAACGGCAUCCAGAACAAGGAGGCGGAGGUGCGCAUCUUCCACUGCUGCCAGUGCACGUCCGUGGAGACCGUCACGGAGCUCACGGAGUUCGCCAAGGCCAUCCCCGGCUUCGCGGGCCUGGACCUCAACGACCAGGUCACGCUGCUCAAGUACGGCGUGUACGAGGCCAUCUUCGCCAUGCUGGCGUCCGUCAUGAACAAGGACGGCAUGCUGGUGGCCUGCGGCAGCGGCUUCAUCACCCGCGAGUUCCUCAAGAGCCUGCGCAAGCCCUUCUGCGACAUCAUGGAGCCCAAGUUCGACUUCGCCAUGAAGUUCAACGCCCUGGAGCUGGACGACAGCGACAUCGCCCUGUUCGUGGCGGCCAUCAUUUGCUGCGGAGAUCGCCCGGGCCUCCUGCACGUGGGACAGAUCGAGAAGAUGCAGGAGGGCAUCGUGCACGUGCUCCGGCUGCACCUGCAGGGCAACCACCCCGACGCCGCCUUCCUCUUCCCCAAGCUCCUGCAGAAGAUGGCGGACCUGCGGCAGCUGGUCACGGAGCACGCGCAGCUGGUGCAGGUCAUCAAGAGGACCGAGGCGGACGCCGCGCUGCACCCGCUGCUGCAGGAGAUCUACCGCGACAUGUACUGAGGCCCCGAGAGGCGGCGGGGCGUGAGUCCAUCAGAUGUCCUGACAGCGCCCUCGGACUCCCACUGAACACCCCGACCUCACAGCAGCGGGCUGCCUGCGGUCCCUCGCGGACUGCUGGCUCCUUUGUAACUGGGAAAGCUAAUCGCACUUUUUAACGUUCGUAAUCCUGUGUUUCUAGAGGUAACCAAAGGGUAGGGGCUUUACAAGCAGCCACGUAUUUAUUCGAAGGCUUCGAUUCUGGUUCCUGAAUUCGAAGAGACGUGCUCUUUUUUAACCGUA